AUGGCGGCGGCCGCGGAGGGGGAGCAGGAGGAGCAGGAGCUGCUGCUGCCGCCGGGCAAGGACCCUCCGGAGCCUCCCAGCUCCCACUGGAGAGAUGCAGCUGGGUUCUGGCUCCUGGGCCUGGCCAAUAACCUUCCCUAUGUGCUGAUGCUCAGCGCCGCUCGCGACAUCCUGGAGCCCCACCAGGGGGCGCUGGUGCCCCCAGCCCCCCGCAACGGCUCCAGGUUCGACUGCAACCCAAUGUCCACAGGGGCCGUCCUAUUGGCUGACAUCGUCCCCACCCUGCUGCUGAAGCUGGCCGCACCCUUCGGCCUCCACCUCCUCCCCUAUUGGCCCAGGGUCCUUGUCUCCGCCUUCUGCGCCUGGGGCAGCUUCUCAUUGGUCGUCUGGGCCAAGGGCGUGGCUGUCAGCCUGGGGGGUGUGGCCUUGGCCAGCGUGGCCUCGGGACUGGGGGAAUUGACCCUCCUGGCGCUGGCAGCUUCCUACCCCAGCUGCGGCCUCACCUAUUGGUCGUCGGGAACGGGCGCGGCUGGGCUGGUCGGGGCCCUGGCCUAUGAGGCACUGCGAGGGGCGGGGCUCUCCCUACGCCACGCCCUAUUGGUCGGCCUGGUGCUGCCCCACGUGACCCUGCUCAGGUCGGUGAUUGGUGGAGCGACUCUUGCCCCAGAGCCGCUCCCUUCCCUGCCGAUUGGCUGUGGGGCAGGCCCCACCCCUUCACUUCUGGCCAAUCCCUGCAGCUUCUUCUUCCUCCUGACCCCACCCCCUUCUUUGGCCUCACCCACCCCUGGCCACACCCCUCAGGAUGAGGCCCCACCCACAGAAGGCACUGCGCAGGGAGUGCAGCCAAUGAGAGGAGGAGAAAAGUGGAGAGUGGGAAAGCUGGCCCUGGCCCAUGCAGCUCCCCUGCUCCUGGUUUACUUCGCCGAGUACCUGAUCAACCAGGGCCUGCUGGAGCUGCUUUACUUCCCCAAGUCCUCCUUGACCCACGGCGACCAAUACCGGAGCUAUCAGCUGCUGUACCAGGCUGGGGUCUUCCUGGCGCGCUCCUCCCCGCGCUGCCUGCGCCUGCGCCGCAUCUGGCUGCUGGCCCUGCUGCAGGUCCUGAACGCUGUUCUCCUAUUGGCUGCCGUCCUGGUGCCCUUCCUGCCGGGAUUGGCCGCUGCUUUUGUCCUGAUUGGCUGGGAAGGUCUGGUCGGGGGCGGAGCUUACGUCAACACCUUCCUGAACGUGGCUGAGGAGGUGGAGCCCCAGGGGCUGGGCCUGGCCAUGACGGUCGCGGCAUUGGCUGACACAGUUGGCAUAGCCCUGGCAGGGGGCGUGGCCAUGGGCGUCCACCAAUGGCUGUGCCCUCCCUGACCUCACCCAAG